AUGACCAUGGCGGACCCCGACCACCCUCCUGACCCCUCCAACGCAGCAAAGGAUAACGUUCAGCAUGUGGGGACGAGCGAAGCUGCCGCGGGGAAAUCGACUACACCGCGACAGGUGAUGGCGGCCUUGACGGCGACAGAUGUGACUAUUCGCCGGUUAGAUAUGCUCCUAUCUACGGCCGAUGGACAAGAACGAGUGCUUGCGACGGUAAACUAUGUCGCUUCAAUGAUGCAUCAUCUGUGCGCCUCGGCACCGUGGAUUGCAUUUCAAACCCGACUAGGUCUCCUCGCACGGCUGAGAGGCCGUGCCUCUUUACAAAGCAGCAAACCCACCCCGUCAUCAGGCUCGAAGUGGGAAGCACUAUCGAAUCUCGCCUCGGAGACUCGUUACAACCUGCGCCUGUUCGGACUGCUCCCUUUAUGGGUCUGGGGCUCAGCUACGCUCAAAUCGCCACCUGCCGACCCCGUCAUUCACGCCCUUACUCUCUUACAGGUCUUCUCCAAUGUCAUCUACCAGCUACUGGAAAACGUGGCGUACCUCGCUUCCAAGGGUGUCGUAUCAAAACGGUUCGUCGACAGAUACGGCGGUAUCGAUAAAUGGUACAUCUGGAGCACCCGCGGAUGGUUUGGACAUAUUUUCUUUGAAUUCUUCGUGCUAUGGCGCCAGCACGUGCUACGGAAAAGACGCAUCGCGGCGCAAAAAGCGGCCGCCAACAAUAUUGAAACCAAGGAGACCAAGACGGAGGAGAUCCAGGAGUUGCGCAUGGAGGUCCGAUCGUGGCGCAAGAGUCUGCUCAACAACACUAUCUGGGCUCCUCUGUGCAUCCACUGGUGCCUGGAGAAAGGAAUCGGCAUCCCGGAAAGCCUGACCGGGCUAAUCAGUUUCAUGGCAGGGGCGUGGAGUCUACAUGACCACUGGGCAGCCACGGCCAAGGCAUAG